AUGGGCCUCUUGAAUACCUUCCUCGACCGGGUGUGCGAGCAGUGCUCCUCCCUGUCUGCCUUGACACUCAUCUCGGUCGGAUCUUUGUCAGUGAUCGCUUUGGCGGUGGUUGUCAAUGUGCUGCGCCAGUUAUUGUUCAAGAAUCCCCACGAACCUCCCGUUGUCUUCCACUGGUUUCCCUUCGUGGGCAGCACGAUCAGUUAUGGCAUUGACCCUUAUGUGUUUUUUAAUAAUGCGCGCGCCAAGUAUGGCGACAUUUUCACCUUUGUUCUCCUCGGCAAAAAGACGACUGUCUACUUGGGUACCAAGGGUAACGAGUUCAUCCUGAACGGCAAGCUGCGUGAUGUCUGCGCCGAAGAGGUCUACUCGCCCCUGACCACUCCUGUUUUUGGAACCAAUGUCGUCUAUGAUUGCCCCAACUCCAAGUUGAUGGAGCAGAAGAAGUUCGUCAAGUUCGGCCUCACCUCCGACGCGCUCCGCUCCUACGUUCGUCUGAUCACUGAUGAGGUCAAUGACUUUGUCAAGACUUCUCCCGCUUUCAAGGACCCCAAGGGCAUCUUUGACGUGACCAAGGUCAUCGCUGAGAUCACCAUCUACACUGCCUCGCGCUCUCUGCAGGGUAAGGAGGUUCGGGACCGCUUCAACUCCACCUUUGCGGAGAUGUAUCACGAUCUGGACAUGGGAUUCGCUCCGAUCAAUUUUAUGCUGCCCUGGGCUCCUCUUCCCCACAACCGCAAGCGUGAUGCCGCUCAGCGCAAGCUGACCGAGACCUACAUGGAUAUUAUUCGCAAGCGUCGUGAGGGUGGUGGUAAAAAGGACUCGGAGGAUAUGGUCUGGAACCUGAUGUCCUGCACUUACAAGAACGGUACCCCAGUCCCUGACGAGGAGAUCGCACACAUGAUGAUCGCUCUGUUGAUGGCCGGCCAGCACUCCUCUUCUUCAACCGCGGCCUGGAUUGUUCUCCGCCUGGCGACCUGCCCCGAGCUCAUCGAGGAACUCUACCAGGAGCAGCUAAGCGUUCUCGGCAAGGAUCUGCCCGACUUGACUUUCGAGUCCCUGCAGAAGCUGGAUUUGCACGCCAAGGUGAUCAAAGAGACGCUCCGAAUCCACGCUCCCAUUCACUCCAUUAUUCGCGCGGUCAAGAACCCCAUGCCCAUCGAGGGAACCCCCUACGUCAUCCCAACUACUCACAACGUCCUCUCUUCUCCCGGUGUGACUGCUCGCUCUGAGGAGUACUUCCCCGAUCCUUUGAAAUGGAACCCGCACCGUUGGGACGAGCCAAACGCAGGCAAGGCCGAAGAGGACGAGGACGAGGAGAAGAUUGAUUACGGUUAUGGUCUGGUUAGCAAGGGUACCAACAGCCCCUACCUGCCUUUUGGUGCCGGUCGUCACCGUUGCAUUGGCGAGCAAUUCGCCUACGUCCAGCUCGGCUCAAUCCUCGCCGCUCUGGUCCGCCAGUUCAAGUUCUCCAACCCACCCGAUGUCUCUGGCAUUCCCAACACGGACUACUCAUCUCUGUUCUCUAAGCCUCUGGGCAAGUCGUUUGUCCGCUACGAGAAGCGCGGUGUCAAGGAGUAA